GUUGGGAAAACCUGACUUUUAAUUAUAAUUAGUUUGAUUAAAAGUGAAGCGGAGUCUCAACUCCAUUCUCAGUCAGAUAAUCAACAGCGCUCUAGUCUGCUCGCAUGUUGUUAAAUUAAUACGCUUCUUCUUGACUUCUUGCAAGUACGUCUCGCGAAGAUUUUUUUACAAAGAGGUUAAAAGUUUAUUUUCGUUCUUGCUCGUGCUCGCGACUAAAGAUCCAUCUGAAUUUGAAUAAAUAAAUAUUUGGUAGUGUUGGGAAAGUGUUGCUGGUACACACGCGUCUUGGACAUUUAAACGUGUUUAUUUUUAGAUAUUUAUAUUUGUGAGAAUUUAUUGUUUGGUGAGGAAAUUAUCGUCUAGAUUCAGCUCAAUAUGCGCUAUAAACUUCUACAAAUCAUAUUACUAAUACCAGUUGUACUGGGUGUUAGAAUUCCACCGAACCCAUGUCCAAGCAUAUUUUCGUACUUCAAAGACCCCAGAGGUAGAAUUUAUGGGGAAGCUGUUAUUCCAUAUGAUAACGCCACUCAUAUGGAAUUUACUGUAAACGCUUCGUUAGUGGGACGUUUCAAAAAAUCGGAAUUGACUUUAAAAAUGGUUACUGGGCUGCACGAGCUUAACGACUACACACCUAAUGUAAUUUAUAAUAUUUUUUUUCCAUUUCAAGAUGUUAUACCCAAAAUUACCGGAAUAGCUUACAAUGGAAGGUCGUAUUGUAGUGGACCUGCUGAACCUGUUGUGCCUGGUACCGCUGGAAUAACGAACGUCUGGCACAAAAUAUCAUAUACAUUCUCGAGAAGACAUGGUGGUUUCUAUCGACCAGAUCCGAAGCCAGAUCAAUCUGACAACGACCUACCAACCAAAAAUCCCGGAGAACGUCCCCAAAGACCACAGAGGCCUGAACUUCAACCACAGAAACCGAAUACGCAACCGCAGUGGCCUGUAGUUCAACCGCAGAAACCAUCCACGCAACCAUGGUGGCAAAGGCCAGUACAGGUACCAUCAGUGACGCCACAAAUAAACGAGAGACCUGCAGAGGUGCCAGCUAGUGGCAGCGACAAUGAUGUGCCUACUAAAAACCCAGAAACCAAACCAAACACUUCAGAGUUUGGACCGGAGAAGUUCCCUCUUGAUCCAACUUUUAUUUCAAAUGUCGAAAACUUGUUCACUCCACCGACAUCGGCUACCCCUCCUCCUGUGCCUGCUACGUUUACUUCUCCAAGUUUUACUGCUAACGAAGACUUCAAGUGCGGGAUAUCCAAUCCUAAAAAUAAUAUUAUACCGUUUAUAUUGAAUAGCGAAGACACGGACAUCGGUGAAUACCCAUGGUUGGUUGCUUUUAUGGCCAGAAGAGAAACGGGAUAUCAGUAUAUCUGUUCCGGAAAUUUGAUAUCUGACAACCAUGUUCUAACAGCCGCCCGAUGUGUUCAGUAUUAUCACGUUCAAAUAGUGGACACUAAAGACAUUUUGUUGGUGAUGGGAACCAAUAGUUUAACCAACUGGCAAAGCAACGGUUCUAUACAAAGAAAAGUCAGAAAGGUCCAAAGUCAUCCUUCAUUCAAAGAUAACUCUAAAUCUGCAGAUGGAGAUCUUGCUGUAUUGACAAUGGAACGUCCAGUUCAAUUUUCCAAAGUACUUCUACCAGUGUGCCUUUGGAAAGGUAACUCAGAUCUACAUCCUUUCACUAACAAAACGGGAGUGAUAGCUGGUUAUGGACAAGAUGACGAUGCCCAAAGAAAUGGUAUGUUGCACGCAGUCAGACUAAAACGGGCAGAUAUGCCAAUCGUGGACCAACAAGAAUGUGUGACUAGUCCAAUUGGAUUUCAAGAUCUUACUUCUGACAAGACUUUUUGUACAAAGAGUGGUGAACAAGCUACAGGUCCCUGUAUAGGCGACAGCGGAGCCGGAUUCUUCAUCAAAUUAGAUGGGGCUUACUAUCUCAGAGGUAUAGCCUCAGCUAUAUCUGCCAACAACGGCACAUGUGAUCUUUCAAAUAAAUAUUCAGUGUUUUGUGAUGUUGCCAAAUAUAUGAAUUGGGUUAAGACUGCUAUGGCUUGAUAUCCAUAUUCUAUUGAAAUAAAUGUGAUUUUUUGAACAAAUUUAAGGUUAUAAGAUAUUUUAAGUUAUUUAUGAGCGGUGUAGAUAUUAAAAUUUAAAAUGGUGCUAAUUUUGAAGAUUUUUUAGAUAAGUAGAUAAUUUUUUUUUAAAUUGACAAAAAUAAUAAAAAAAUGUGUUUAUAAGUAUUAAUUUUUUACUAAUAGCAAGUGAUAAUUAUUAGUUUUUGUAAUGUCAAAAAUUGUAUUGUUAAGUUUAAACAUUUUUUAUAUGGAUUAUAAAAAUUUUUAUAAUAAAAAGGACGAAAUUAUUUAAUUUA